GCAGAUAUAGCUGUGGCUACAUGCAGCGUUUCAGCUGUGUUUCUGGUUCUUUCUCUCCCCCUGUUGUAGCUUCUGUAGGUGGCAGGAACGCUGGGUAGGGAGGAAGCCUUGGCAGCUUUCUCUCUCUGCAGGGCCCCCCUCCUCCCCUCCUCUGCCUGCCUGGCUGUCCGGGCAUGGGUGCCGUCCGCUGGCAGACCCACAACGUCUCUGUGUGUUUUGUGUUUGUGUGCACAUUUGCUUUGCUGCUGCUGCACAAUAUCAGAACUGGCCGAGCCAAAAUCCAAAGGGGUACUGUCCCCCCACUUUGGUUUGUGGAGGCCGGUGUUCACUUCAGUCUCCGCCAUUGGCCUUGCUGAGAUUCGGAGUCGACAGUCCCUUCCCUUGCGCCUAUUCUUGGUGGUAUGUCCUCACGGUCUGUUGUGUUUGGAUACCCUGACAACUAGAAGCUCUGAGGUAGCCUCUUUCCAGCCUGCUGCCUCUCUGAACCCCCAGUGACAUAAUGCCCAAGAGGGAUCAUGAGAGGGACCUGGAGCUGGACAAGAAGAUCGAGGGUCUCCGCAGGAAGAAUGAAGCACUCAUGAAGAGGUACAAGGAGGUGGAGGAGGACAGGAAAAGGGCAGAAGAGGAAGGAAUGGCACUGCAGAGCCGAAAGGGCAAAGCCGAUGAUCUUACCAUCACGAUCAGCAAGUCGACCAGUCAGGAUAAUCGUGUGGUGGUGACGAAGCUAUUUAGCGGCGGUUCACCAGCCGGUAAAGGACAGGUGGAGGCCGGGCCUGACAGGGGGGAAGAAGGCCCUCCGCAGGGUGCUGGCCGAGGCCACAGGAAGCAGCUUAUGGUCACCAUGGCUGGUAAAAAGGGUAAGAGGGUGGUGAGUGAGAGGCCAGAGAAGAAGCUGGUCCCUGUGGAAAUCAAGAGCCCUACAGAUGACGGACCGGGGAAGCGCAUGGAGUCAGCGGGGCGGGGGAAGCAGCCGCCUCAUGUGACCAAGAGAGAUGCAGCAGCACAGGAUGAAGUUAAACAAGGGCAGAAGAACGCCGAGGAGCAUCACAGGCUUUCAGAGCAAUGCCAGGAGCCCGAAAGCCCACAGGCCAGCACAGACCUAAACAUCCCCACAUCGAAAGAGGAGCAGGAGGAGUAUCUACGGUGGAAGAAAGAGCGUGAGCAGAUAGACAGGGAGAGAGUGGCACGCCACAAAAACGCCAAAGGCCAGUGGAGACGGGCGUGGGACAUGGACAAAACUGAGAACAUCUCCACUUUUAGGUUUUCAGACAAAUCCCUCCCUGACAGAGACUGGGGACCUUCCAGCAGAGGUGGACGUAAUGCUAGAAGAGGAAAAUCCGGGGCAGGUGCUGAUUCAAGAGGUCAUGAGAAACGAGGCAAAGACAAGGGAGCUAAAAACGUGCAAGUGAUGAGCAGUAAGGCAAAAGGCAUAGAUCGUCUCACUGGGAGAGCCAGGAGAUGGCAGGCAAAUGAAGAGGGAGAUAACCUCCAGACGUCUGACACAACAUUAGAGGAAUUUUUGGAGGAGCUCGACGCCCUGACGGAAGGUGACGUAGAAGAUCAAAAAGACCAGGACUCCAAACUGAAGCUGUCACCCAGCCCAGAUUCACUGAAUACAUCUGAGGAAGUGAGUGGGUGCGCAGCUCCUGUGUCAGCUGCUACCCUGAGAGAGGACUCCUCUACUCAGGUGAAGGCAGAGGCCUCGUCGCCUCGGGGUUUGGAGAAGAAAGUACGCUUCUCAGAGGAACUCGUCCAGGGAGGUCAUACACAACAAACCACAGGCUCUCGGGACUCUGUCAGCUCAGAAUCAAGAAGUCUGAGCUCCUUAAAAGCUUCUUCACCUAAAAAAAAACAACACGAAGUGCAGGGGCCACAGCUCUCUCUCGAAAGUGCCAAGCAGGAUGAUGAUAGUCCUCAGGAUCAGGGAGGUGGUCCGUCUUCUCUUCCUGUUGCCCAGCAGCAGACACCUGAAACUGAAUGUACUAAAAAAGACAGCACCCUCCCCACAGCUCCCAGCUCCCCAUCCCCUGAAAAAGCCUGUGCCUCUCUACAGGAGAGCUCUGUCCAGCCUGUAGAGCUUGCCAAGUGCAACAUCAGCAACACAAACACAGAGGAACUAAUAGACUCUGGUCUGUCUGUCCUGAGCCUGGAGUCAGGAGAAACACACCCAACACACUCCACCAGCAGUGACAAGGUCAUUGUGAGAGACGGGAGGAGGGGUGGGCGAAUCGAUAGAUGUGUAAAUGGACUGAUGGAGGGAAGUGCAAAUGGAUGAUGAGUUAAAUGGAUGAAGAGAGAGGGAGACAGGCAGUAUAUCUGAGCUACCGCUGCGUAAUAUCCAAUUUCGGUUUAUUCACCACCCAUGAGGCCUGCUGGUGUACAGGAGAAAUAGUCUCAUGAGAGAAUGCCUUUCCCUCUCAUCCACCACCUCCAAACAGCUUCAUGAUAUUUAGCCACCUUCUUAAAUCAUUCAUGUAGAAUUAUGGAAAAUAAGUCAGCUGUAACUAAAACUGUUGUGUAUUUUUCUUCUCUUUUUUGCAGGCAAGAGAGCAUGGGAAGAUUGUUUGAUUGACAUUUUCGGGAUGUAAAUACUGAAGCCAAAUCACAGCAUCAUAGAGCCUUGCCUCCUUGAAUUUGGAUCCAUCAUUUUGCUUCAGGUAGCUCAUUCGAGAUACCCUGUUUAUGGCUUACGCACAAAACCAUGGUUUAAUUUUGCUGUGGCGUGUCCCACCUGUGGAAGUUUUCACAUAUAUAAAAAAAAAAUUGACAUAGGAACGGUGAACGUUUUGCUCAAAACCUGCUCAAAUUUUUUUACAUCCAAGCACUUUAUGAGUAUAAAAGCUUGUGUACUGACACAUUACUCAGUAUGUUGGUAUGCUGCUUGAGUGCAAUAUCAUUGAAUGUUUACAUUUGUAUGAAAAUUUCAAGGUACAUAUCAGGAGGAAUUGAGGUAGCCCUUGAAAAUAAACUUCAGCCACAGUCAAAUUAUCUAGUGCCUGAUUCUGCCUUAGAGGUAUUUUCAAUAAACAAAAGAAAGCCGGUGUUGUAUGAUGAUAGAGUAACGACAGACCUACAGUAGAGUCUGUAUUUCUACACUCGAAACUGUGUGAGACAAUAUUUGUUAACUGCUUCCAGCAUCAGUCGAUGACCUUUGACGAAUCAUUGACGAAUUAUUAAAGGGCACAUUUGAGACUUAUCGUCUUAUUGACCACUGACUAGGAUAUUUAUAAGAUUUAACAAAGAAAUCAAGUUGGAUUAUGAGACUAAAAGUCUGGAUGUCUCAGCCUUAGACAGAUUUAGACUCUUUUCUUUUUUUUUUAAAUCUCCAGUCCUCCAUCUUUAUGAAAGAACAGAUCUAAAUUGUUGGAGUGCCUCUUUAAUGUUAAGCUAAACAGCAAAAUCCACAUUACUGGCAUCAACAUAUAUGUCAUAUAAUAUAUGACUGUUUUAAAAUGUAGAACUAAAAUCUCAAAUUUGCCCUUUAACACAUUGUCAUUUUGUUGGCACAGAUUUACAGCUGAAUCCUAAUUAUUUGUUCUUCCUUAGAUUCUUAUUAUGUUUCUGAAAAACCUAAUAUGACAUUGUAACAAUGGACGGCAGAGACAUGAAAUUAAAACUCAAAAACUAAUUUGGGAACUAAUGCAUGAAUUUCUUUCAGUUUGCUCAUGCUGCUUUUAAACAACCAGUUUGUAAGUGAGUUCCCUACAAAACAGUCUCUAAUCAUUUGGCCCCUGUGGGACCGACAGACUUGAAAUAUUGGAAAUAAAUCAUCCAGGUCCGGAAGUCCACAGUCAAAUCACUGGGAUGCAGCUGUAAUUCCCAUUUGUUCUCUUUUAUAAUCAUGAAAGACAACUAAUAUUUUUGAAAAGCUUCAUCAGUUAGCCAGUUGUUGUGCCUUGCAUAUUGGCUUCUUCAAAUACUGAAGGUGUACCUUUAUGUUAUGCUUUGUAUCAUAACACACAGUAGUGUUAAAUAUACUGUACUAGCAGUGCCACAUCAGUAUUGAUUUUAUUUAUUUGCCUCUCCAUUUUGACAACCGAAUGUUAGCUAGAAUGUUUUUUGCAAAUCUAAAACUGUGUUUAUUUAUUUUCAGUAUUUUAUUUUUGGUAUCAAAUGGCAACUAUAAGAAGAAGCCUUACAAGAUCUCUGUCCUCAAAUGAAGUUUUUUUGGCUUUUGACAAUAGUAAACAGUUAUGUAACCUUAAGUAGAGAACAUAGUGGACAUGCUCAGAGCUGCUUUCAGCUUCAGUUGUGGUUACAUAAAAUACAAAUCAUCAGGAAUCUAGUAGAAGCACACUGGGAAAACAAACCAAGAAGCAACUCACAAGGUUUUGGGCCAGUCCAGCCAUCAAGAAAGAAAAUGUGUAGGGGCCUUAUUCUAUAUUAUAUAUGGGAUCUGAAUGGAUGGUAAAGGAAACUUCUGGUCAUACAGAUUACCUCUGAAAUAUUUAAAAUUCCUGUGGGAUUCAAUUUAGCAAAAUGAAAUUUAGGACCUACAACCAUAGAGCAGUUCUACAUUUGUCCUUUAACACAUGUAGUUAUUAGACAUCUGCAUUGUUGGCUCACAUUCAAGAGGUGGUUGUGAUUGUCUUGUUGCACCGGAGUGUCCACUGCUGUCCUCUAUGUUUUCACAUACACUCAUAAGGAAGGAUUUGUGAGUGCCUGUGUGUGCGGAUGUGAUCCCAGCUUUUUACUGCUCGGAGUGCUCAUGCUAAUUUAAAUCUGUGUGCAACAUAGCUUAAUUUACUGUAGAACAAUUUGGAAGGAGGCAUACAGAAUGUCAAUAAAGUUUUUCUGUAUCAAACUCUUUUGUUGCACUGUCAUCCUCUUACUCCCCCGCCCUCUCACUGACUGAUGCACCU